CACAAAUCUAUUCCUGUAUUUAAUUACUGUGCAAGUGGACCCAAGACACUGCUCGCCUCUCUAAGGAAACAUGAAGCAGCACGGGUCUUGUAGAGGUGUCCUCUUCCUAUGUAUAGUCCUGCAGUCUUUCUUCUCUGGUUUGGCAUUCAACAGACUUCCAUAUUUUUAUAACAGCUUCUUUGAUACGUACCUGCUAAUAAAUGAAGAUACACCAGUUGGAACGUCAGUGACACAGCUACUUGCCCGAGACCCCGACAAUGACAAACUGGUGUAUGGAGUUGUGGGAGAUGAAGCCAGUAGAUUUUUUGCUGUAGAAAGUGAGACUGGAGUUGUUUGGCUACGACAGCCCUUGGACCGAGAGACUAAAUCAGAGUUCACAGUUGAAUUUUCUGUCAGUGACAGCCAGGGGGUUAUAAAGGGCAAAGUGAAUAUACAAGUUGGGGAUGUGAAUGACAAUGCACCUACCUUUCACAACCAGCCAUAUACAGUGCGAAUACCAGAGAACACACCUGUGGGAACGCCAAUAUUCAUUGUCAACGCAACAGAUCCUGACCAGGGUACUGGAGGCAGCGUAUUAUACUCUAUCCAACCACCUUCCAGUUUUUUUACCAUAGACAAAUCUCGUGGAAUUGUGACUGUGAUUAGCCCCCUGGAUUAUGAGGUCACUCAGGCCUUUCAGCUACAAGUUAACGCAACGGAUCAAGACAAAACCAAACCUUUGUCAACGUUAGCGAACUUAGCCAUCACGAUCACUGACAUACAGGACAUGGACCCCAUCUUUAUGAACCUACCUUACAGCACCAACAUUUAUGAAAAUUCACCUCCAGGAACUACUGUCCGUAUGAUAACCGCAAUAGACCAGGACAAAGGACGUCCCAGAGGAAUUGGUUAUACUAUCGUAUCUGGUAACACCAACAGCAUCUUUGCAUUGGACUAUAUUAGCGGCGCCUUAACACUGAACGGACAGCUGGAUAGAGAAAAUCCCCUGUAUUCUUCUGGAUUCAUUCUGACAGUAAAGGGGACAGAACUACUGGAUGACCGCAGUCCGUCUAAUGCAACAGUGACCACUACAUUCAAUAUUCUUGUUAUUGACAUCAAUGACAAUGCACCGGAGUUUAACAGCUCAGAGUACACCGUCAGUAUCCCUGAGCUGGCACAGCUGGGGUUUGCUUUGCCCUUGUACAUCCAAGUUCAGGAUAAAGAUGAGGGACUGAACAGCGCUUUUGAGGUUUACUUAGUUGGGAACAACUCGAAUCACUUUAUAAUUUCUCCAACCUCCAUACAAGGGAAGGCGGAUAUUCGCAUGAGAGUCGCUGUGCCACUGGAUUUUGAAACAAUUCCACGCUAUGAAUUCUCUCUUUUUGCAAAUGAGAGUAGCUUGGACCAUGUAGGAUUUUCUCGUGUUAAAAUCAAUCUUAUCAACGAGAAUGAUAACCGACCUAUCUUCAGCCAGUCACUGUACAACAUCAGCCUGUUUGAGAAUGUUACAGUUGGAACCACUAUCCUGACAGUAUCUGCUACAGAUAAUGAUAUUGGUACAUUUGGCAAAGUGACAUAUCUGUUCAGUGAUGACCCUGACAGGUUUUCGCUUGACAAAGACACAGGUGUGAUCACCCUUAUCUCACGGUUAGAUUUUGAAACCACCCAGCGGUACACCCUCACAGUCAUUGCUAGGGAUGGGGGAGGCGAGGAAACCACAGGACGGGUACGCAUUAAUGUUCUGGAUGUCAACGACAAUGCUCCAAUUUUUCAGAAAGAGUCCUAUUUGGCAGCCAUCCGUGAAAAUGAGCCUUCUGUGGUAUCAGUCAUCAAACUUAGGGCUACUGAUGAAGAUUCUCCCCCAAACAAUCAAAUUACAUACAGUAUUUUGAACGCUACCGUAUUUCGGAACUAUUUUGAGAUAACCAUCACUGAAGGGUAUGGAGUGAUCACUGUGACUCGCCCCCUGGAUUACGAGCAAAUUUCUAAUGGCGUUAUCAUUCUGACAGUUAUGGCUAAAGAUGCUGGCGUACCUUCCUUAAAUAGCACAGUCUCCGUCAGCAUUGAAGUGUUUGAUGAGAAUGACAACCCUCCCACAUUCAGCCAGUCGUCAUAUGUCAUCACAGUUUUGGAGAACAUCAUGGCAGGAGCAACAGUGCUGUUUUUGACAGCUAUUGAUCUAGAUCGCUCAAGAGAAUUCGGGCAAGAGUCUAUCAUAUAUUCCCUGGAUGGACCCCCGCAAUUUCGGAUCAACGCCCGGUCAGGAGAAAUUACUACAACAACGUUACUAGAUCGAGAAGCUAAAUCUGAGUACAUCUUAAUCAUCCGGGCUGUAGACGGAGGAGUUGGUCCUAAUCAGAAGAUUGGCAUCGCGACUGUUAAUAUCACUUUAUUGGAUAUCAAUGACAAUGCACCACAAUGGAAGGACGAGCCGUACAUUAUAAACCUGGUGGAGAUGACACCUCCUGAUUCAGAUGUCACCACGGUUGUAGCUGUUGACCCGGACCUGGCGGAAAAUGGCUCGUUGGUUUACAGCAUUAGUCCUGCUAACAAGUACUACACUCUGAACAGCACCACAGGAAAGAUCCGCACGACGGGAGUGGUUCUGGAUAGAGAAAACCCAAAUGUAUCCGAUGCAGAAAUGAUGAGAAAAAUUAUUAUCUCUGUGACCGAUAGGGGAAGACCACCUCUCCGUGCAACAAGCAGCACUACUGUGAUUGUAAACCUGUUGGAUCUCAACGAUAAUGAUCCAACAUUUCAGAACCUGCCGUUUGCUGCUGAAAUUCUAGAGGGCACAGCCAUCGGAUCAUCUGUAUUCCAGGUGGUAGCUAUAGACCUGGAUGAGGGGCUGAAUGGCCAGGUGACGUACCGUAUGCAGGUGGGGAUGCCUCGCAUGGACUUUGUCAUAAACAGCACCACAGGGCUCAUCACCUCUACAGCUGUACUUGACAGGGAGAGAACUGCAGAGUAUUUUCUCCGUGUAGUGGCCAGUGACUCAGGAACACCAUCAAAAAGUGCAACCAGCACCCUCACAGUCCGGGUUCUGGAUGUGAAUGAUGAAAGUCCUACUUUCUUCCCAACGUUCUACAAUGUUUCAUUGCCUGAAAGUGUCCCUCGGGAUUAUAUUGUUGCACGCCUGAACUGCACUGACGCUGAUACAGGACUCAAUGCCGAGCUCAGCUAUUUCAUAACUGGUGGAAACCAAGAUGGAAAAUUCAUGGUCGGUUUUCGGGAUGGGAUUCUUAGAACAGUUGUGAACCUUGAUCGGGAAACAAUGGCGUCCUACAAUCUAGUGUUGGAGGCGAUUGACAAUGGUCCUGCAGGAAACCGAAAAACAGGGACAGCCACUGUGUUUGUCACUGUACUGGACGUCAAUGACAACAAGCCGAUCUUCCUGAAGAACAGUUAUGAAGCCAGCGUUCCUGAGAAUGUCCCCUUCUCCAGCAGCAUUGUGCAGCUGGAUGCUACUGAUGACGAUGAAGGAGACAACGGGAGAGUCUGGUAUCGGAUUGUCAGUGGAAAUAGCAGAAACAAUUUCCGCAUUGAUGUCAGCACUGGUCUCAUUAUGCGUGGUGCCACGCCACUUGACAGAGAAACCAACUCUUCCCAUGUCCUAGUGGUAGAAGCUUAUAACGGUGAUCAAGGUCCAAUGAGAAGUUCUGUGAGGGUCAUUGUCUACGUUGAAGAUGUUAACGAUGAGCUGCCCGUUUUCACACAACAGCAAUACAGUCGCUUGGGACUGAGAGAGACGGUGGGUAUUGGGACCUCUGUCAUUGUUGUUCGUGCUACAGACAGAGACACAGGUGAUGGGGGGAUGGUGAUCUACAAGAUUAUAUCUGGCUCAGAUGAAAAAUUUGAGAUUGACGGAAGCACUGGUUUACUGACCACCAUCAAUUACCUAGACUAUGAAACUAAAAUCAGUUACUACAUGAAUGUAUCUGCCACUGACCAAGCACCUCCAUACAACCGCGGCUUCUGCACAAUUUAUGUCACAUUAAUGAAUGAACCAGACGAAAUAGUUCAGUUUUCAAACGCAGCAUAUGAAGCGGUGAUAUUUGAGAAUAUUGCAACAGGAACAGAAGUUUUGCGGGUACAAGCACGGUCAAUCGAUAACCUGAACCAGCUAACUUACAGGUUUGACCAGAACACAAACGCUCAAGCACUGGCCCUUUUCAAAAUUGAUGGAAUUACGGGAACAAUAACAGUAAAAGGUCUAGUGGAUCGAGAAAAGGGUGAAAUCUACAUAUUAACGGUGGUGGCUGAUGACGGUGGCCCUAAACAGGACGCGUCUGUGAUCUAUUUCUUUCUAAAGGUUACAAUUACUGUACUGGAUGAGAAUGAUAACAGCCCCCAGUUUGAUGCAACAUCAGAUUCUGUGGUCAGCGUGGCAGAGGACUGUCCCUUGGGAAGAAGAAUCGCCUUAGUUCUGGCGAGGGAUCCUGAUGCUGGAAACAACGGUCUGGUGACUUUCAGAUUAACUGCUGGAAAUGGUGCCAGCCAAUUUGAGAUCCGUACGACCAACAACACAUAUGGAGAAGUUUUCUUGGUAAAAACAUUGGACAGGGAAUCACAAGAGCUGUACUCCUUGAAGAUACAAGCAUCUGACAGUGGAUCCCCACCUCAGAGAUCUGAGCACACAUUAACAGUGAAUAUCCUGGAUGUCAAUGACAACCCACCUGUUAUUGAUAGCCCAUUUGGCUACAACAUCAGUGUCUACGAGAAUGUUGGUGGAGGAACGUCUGUGAUUCGAGUGAGCGCAACAGACAAGGAUAAGGGGCUUAAUAGUGUCCUCUCUUACUACAUCACACAAGGCAAUGAGGACCUCACUUUCCGCAUGGAUAGGCUAACCGGUGAAAUUGCUACAAGGCCAUCGCCUCCUGACCGCGAAAGACAGAGUUUUUAUCGACUGGUGGUGACGGUAGAGGACGAGGGAAACCCAGCACUUUCUGCUUCAACAACAGUUUUUGUAACCAUUCUGGAUGAAAAUGACAACUCUCCAGUAUUCCAGAGGUUGACAUAUGAGGUUACGCUGGAUGAGGGGCCACUUACUCUUAAUUCUGUCAUUAUCACCACCACAGCAGUGGAUCGGGAUGAAGGGCCCAAUGGAACAGUUUUAUACUCCAUUAUUGAAGGAAACUUGCUGGGAACCUUUAAUAUAAACAAUGCUACGGGGCUGAUUCGUGCUGUAAAGGAGCUAGAUUAUGAGGUUUGCCUGGGCCGAUACACCUUGGUAGUGACAGCCACAGACCAGUGCCCCAUUGUACAACGUCGCCUGACCUCUACCACCACAGUUUUGGUCAAUGUGAAUGACAUUAAUGACAACUGGCCAACAUUUCCAAAGUCGUAUGAGGGUCCUUUUGAGAUCCCUGAGGGUCAACCAGGUCCCAGGGUAUCAACUUUAAAGGCUGUUGAUGGAGAUGCUGGUCUCAAUGGGCAAAUUGAAUAUAGCAUUGUUGGGGGAGAUAUCCUUGGAGAGUUUGUGAUUUCCUCUGUGGAGGGUGAUCUGAGAGUACGUAAGGAUUAUGAGCUGGACCGAGAGAACAUUGCCUUUUAUAACAUUACUAUCAUGGCAAAGGACAGGGGCUUCCCUCCUUUCAGCUCUACGGCUUUGGUGGAGAUCCGUGUAUUAGACAUAAAUGACAAUGAUCCUGUGCUGCUUAACCUUCCCCUUAAUAUAACAAUCAGUGAGAAUACGCCAGUAUCAACGUCCAUCACUCGUAUUCUCGCUAGUGAUGCGGACACGGGGCGCAAUGCUAUCCUCACCUUUAACAUAAGUGCUGGGAACAUAGACAACACAUUCUACAUCAAUGAAAAUUCUGGCAUCGUAUAUGUAAAUCGCCAGCUGGACAGAGAGAAGAUCUCAGAGUACAGACUUACUGUGACUGUGAAGGACAAUCCUGAAAAUGCUCGGAACUCUAGGCGGGAUUUUGACCUGCUGGUUGUGACCAUUUCAGAUGAAAAUGACAAUCGUCCUGUGUUUACUCAGGGGUCAUAUGAGGCUGAAGUCAUGGAAAACUCUCCAGCAGGAACCACUAUCACAGUCCUCAAUGGACCUAUUUUAGCUUUAGAUAAUGACUUAGGACCUAAUGCUGUGGUGUCAUAUCGCCUUUUGGGGACUCAGGCCGAUCUGUUUACCAUAAUCAACACCACAGGUGUAGUGGUGGUGAGACCUGGAAAACUCAUAGACAGAGAAGCUUUCUCUGUCCCAACACUGGAUCUGACAUUGGUGGCAGAAGACAUUGGCAAGUUAAACAGUACAGCCAGACUAGCUUUAAGGAUUUUAGAUGCUAAUGAUAACAGACCUGUCUUCAGCACACCAAGUGUUGUGGUUCACCUCCGAGAAAACAGUCCCCCAGGUUUUUCUGUUGUACAGGUAGUGGCAACAGAUUUAGACAGUGGUCCAAAUCAGCAGCUAACUUACCGUAUUGAAAGUGGUGCCCAGGAUAGGUUUCUUAUUGAUACCACUACUGGGAUCAUUAGAGUCGCCAAUGUUACAGUGGACAGAGAGGAGAAAGAUACCUACAGGCUGAUGGUGGUAGCCUCAGACCAUGGUACCACUCCGUUGUCAGGAAGCACCACUGUCAACAUAUUAAUUGAUGAUGUUAAUGACUGCCCUCCAGAGUUUGUCAACCCCAUCCAAACUGUGAGUGUCUUUGAAUCAGCAGAGAUUGGCUUUGUUAUUGCUGAGGUUACUGCCAUUGACCGAGACUUAAACCCUCGCCUGGAGUACUAUAUCACUGAGAUAUUGGCCAGGGAUGAUACCAAUUCCCUUGUACCUAACCAACAAGGAGCAUUCCAAAUUGAUUUCAAAACAGGUGCCGUCAUGGUGAAGUCCACCUUAAACAGAGAGCUUGUAGCCACAUAUGACUUGUCAAUCUCUGUGUAUGACAAUGCUAGUGAGGUUGUGGACCGGUCAGUUAGUGUUCCUAAUGCAAAAUUAACUGUGAAUAUUCUAGAUGUAAAUGAUAACACACCACGAUUUCGCCCUUUUGGAGUCACUGUAUUUACGGAGAGAAUUGUGGAAGGUGCAACUCCUGGGACAACCUUAAUUUCAGUAUCUGCUGUUGAUCCAGAUAAAGGUCCCAACGGUCAGAUAACCUACUCGCUACAUAAUCUGAUACCAGUAGGUUAUCUGCAACUAGAAGAUAACACAGCAGGGAAGAUUAUCGCAAACCGCACUGUUGACUAUGAACAGGUUCAGUGGCUAAAUGUUACCGUCCGAGCAUCAGAUAACGGCGUUCCACCGCGAUCAGCAGAGAUUCCAGUCUACCUUCAGAUUGUAGAUAUCAACGACAAUAAUCCCAUCUUCAGCCAGCCCUCAUAUCAGAAACCGGUUUUUGAGGACAUCCAGCUGGGCUCCACUGUUUUGCAGAUUAAAGCCACAGACGCAGACUCCGGUCGGUUUGCCCUGAUACAGUACAGCCUUGUAGACGGAGAGGGCAAGUUUGGGAUCAAUCCUACUACGGGUGAUAUUUAUAUCCUAUCAGCACUGGACAGAGAAAAAAAGGACCAUUAUACACUGACUGCAAUUGCUAGAGAUAAUCCCGGAGAUAUUGCCAGCAACCGUCGUGAAAAUUCAGUGCAGGUGCUUAUCACAGUUCUGGAUGUUAAUGACUGCAGACCGCAAUUUGCCAAGAGCCAGUUUAGCACCAGCGUGUAUGAGAAUGAACCAGAGGGAACAUCUGUAAUCACCAUAUCUGCCACUGAUUUGGAUGAGGGUGACAAUGGCAUUGUGACUUACGACCUUCAGGGGCCUGGCGCAGACGCAUUUCACAUUGAUACAAACACCGGACUGAUAACAUCCCAGAGGUUGCUACAGUCCUUUGAAAGAUUCAACCUUACAGUUGUAGCCACGGACAAAGGCCGACCCCCCCUCUGGGGCACCACCAUGUUAAGAGUGGAAGUUAUUGAUGUCAAUGACAAUCGUCCUGUAUUUGUUCGACCUCCCAAUGGAACCAUCCUUCAUAUAAAAGAGGAAAUACCACUGAAGUCAACAGUGUACGAAGUAUAUGCCACUGACAAUGAUGAGGGUCUGAACGGCGCUGUACGGUACAGCCUUCUUAAACCUGGAGCUGGGAAUAAAGACUGGGAAUAUUUCAGCAUUGAUUCAACCAGUGGACUUAUACAAACAGCGCAAAGACUCGACCGUGAGAAGCAGGCGGUUUACAACCUUAUCAUUGUUGCCUAUGACCUCGGCCAGCCGGUGCCUUAUGAGACGAUGCUCCCACUGCAAGUGGAACUUGAUGAUAUUGACGAUAAUGAGCCCAUUUUUGUCAGACCCCCUCGCGGUGCACUGCAGUAUCAAACCCUUUUGGUCCUUGAACACUCCAGACCGGGAACUGUUGUGGGGAAUGUGAGCGGUGCGGUGGAUUCUGAUGAAGGCUCCAAUGCUAUAGUGUAUUAUUUCAUUGCAGCUGGUAAUUUGGAAAACAAUUUCCACCUGACCCCAGAAGGGAAGUUGACAGUGCUGCAAAACCUGGACCGAGAGAGAGAACCGUAUUACUCCAUCAUUGUCAAAGCCUCAAGUAAUAGGUACUGGAGAGCCCGUAAGAGCCUUAGAACAUCCAACAUACAGAACUUUGAUCCCAGCACAGAUUCUACACUGCAGGAAGUGAGGAUUUAUCUAGAAGAUAUCAAUGACCAACCUCCUCGCUUCACAAAAACUGAAUACACAGCAGGUGUUGCAACUGAUGCAAAGGUCGGCUCGGAGUUAAUAAAAGUGCUUGCGCUAGAUGCAGACGUGGGGAACAACAGUCUGGUGUUUUACAGUAUUCUGGGCAUACAGUACAUUAAGCUGCACUCCAAUGAUUCAGAUGCUGUAAAAAAUGUCUUUGUCAUAGGAAAUGUGGAUGGGAUUAUUCGCACCUUUGACUUGUUUACAGCUUACAGCCCGGGCUAUUUUAUAGUGGAUAUCAUGGCCGCGGACCUGGCUGGACACAAUGACACCGCUGUGGUUGGAAUAUAUAUAUUAAAGGAUGACCAGCGUCUUAAAAUUGUUAUUAAUGAGAUUCCAGACAGAGUGCGCGAAUUUGAGGAGGAAUUUAUACGGCUUCUGUCAAACAUCACAGGUGCUAUAGUGAACACUGAUGAUGUGCAGUUUCACGUUGACAAGAAGGGACGAGUGAACUUUGCACAAACCGAUAUGCUGAUUCAUGUAGUAAACCGCGAUACCAACAGAAUUUUGGAUGUGGAGAGAGUUAUUCAGAUGAUUGAUGAAAAUAAGGAGCAGCUACGAAAUCUUUUUCGAAAUUACAAUGUGUUGGAUGUCCAGCCCGCAACUGCUGCCAGAGCCCCCGAGGACCUGUCUGCCCUGCAGAUGGCAAUUAUCAUCCUGGCUAUUCUGCUUUUCCUGGCAGCCAUGUUGUUUAUCCUCAUGAACUGGUACUACCAGACUGUGCACAAGAGGAAAUUGAAAGCAAUAGUGGCAGGAUCAACUGGCAACAGAGGAUUUAUGGAUAUUCUUGAUAUGCCAAAUACCAAUAAGUACUCAUUCGAAGGGGCAAAUCCAGUGUGGCUAGAUCCGUUCUGCAGAAACAUGGAGCUGGCGGCUCAAGCAGAGCAUGAGGACGACCUACCUGAAAACCUAAGUGACAUCACCGAUCUCUGGAACAGCCCAGCAAGGACACAUGGAACCUUUGGACGAGAACCAACAGCUACCAAACCAGAAGAUGACAGAUACCUACGUGCAGCAAUACAAGAGUACGAUAACAUCGCUAAACUUGGUCAGAUUAUGCGUGAAGGACCAAUUAAGUUGAUCCAGAAUGAUUUGGAUGAAGAUGAUGACCAAAGCCCAAGACAGGGAUCCCUCCGUUUCCGGCACAAGCAGCCCAUUGAACUAAAGGGUCCAGAUGGAAUUCACGUUGUUCAUGGCAGCACUGGAACGCUGUUGACCUCUGACCUUAAUAGUUUGCCUGAGGAUGACCAGAGAGGUCUUGGCCGAUCUCUGGAGACGCUCAAUACAGACACUGGUGCCUUUAUUGACAGAAAUGCUCGUACAGAGUCUGCAAAGUCUACACCAAUGCACAAAAUGAGAGAGACCAUUGUAGAAAGUCCUUUGGAGAUAACAGAAUUAUGACUAGAGGUGGCCUCAUUGGUCUAGCAGUGAAGAAGCGAGUACUGUGGCAGAACUACAGCAUCAUGCAACAAAAGAAUGUGUUUGCUGGUGAAAGCUUGAGUUAGGCCAAUGAAGAGCACAAAAGCGUAUCCAGAGAAUCUAGUGUUAUAUGAUGUUCACUGGUCAACUGUAAACUUGAAGGAUUUCAAAAUCAAUUGUCCAAUAGUGUUAAAAGAAACUAUAUAAGGAAGAAAGGGAGGAAAGUUAUUUUUAAGAAAAAGAUGCAGUAUUGAGAUGAACAAACCGAUGCUGAGCAUGGCCCAGUACCACAGAUUCUUUUCUGCGGGCAGUUAAAGACUCUUCUGGUCUAGAACUUAAGUUUCUAUAAAAAGUUAACACU